AAUACUGCAAUUCCUUCCACAACAAGUCACAUUUUUACUGGACAGGAAAGCGGAAAAAACAUGGAUCAAGUGCAAAUCGGUAGAUAUUCGCUGCAUUCAUCAUGUUUCCACUACUGCAGCAUCACAUAUUUUUCACUACAAGCAAGGAUUUUCCACAAUUACAGAUGAACCCUCAGAGUAAAAGAUGUCUCGAUUCAUUUGUAACAUGCAGAGGACUUCCCUGGCUGUUUAUAAAGGACUUCUAUGUGUGCGUUCUAUGGUGACAUACCCCAGAGUCGUUCUGGGAAUAGAAACAAGCUGUGAUGAUACUGGAGCUGCAGUUGUGGAUGAACAUGGAAAAAUACUUGGAGAAGCCCUUCAGUCUCAGAAAGAUGUUCACUUAAAGACGGGUGGCAUUAUUCCAUCAGUGGCACAGCAGCUUCACAGAGACAAUAUUGAUAGGGUUGUCAAUGAAGCCAUCAUUUCUAGUGGAAUUUCAGCAAGUAACCUUUCAGCUAUUGCCACAACAGUGAAGCCUGGACUGGCUCUGAGCCUUGGAGUUGGUCUAAUCUACAGUUUAGAUCUGGUGAAACAGUAUAAUAAGCCUUUUAUACCUAUACACCACAUGGAAGCUCAUGCCUUGACUGUUCGGUUGUUGCAUCCAGUGGAGUUCCCAUUCUUGGUACUGCUGAUUUCAGGAGGACAUUGCCUUCUGGCUGUAGCCAAUGGCGUAUCAGAUUUUAUGCUGCUUGGACAGUCGCUAGAUGAAGCACCAGGUGAUUCUCUGGACAAGGUUGCCAGGCGUCUUUCACUGAUUAAACAUCUAGACUGCUCUUCUAUGAGUGGGGGACAAGCAAUAGAACACUUGUCUCAGUUUGGAGACAGAACAUUUUGUAAAGAAAUUCAACCAAUGUCACAAUACCAGGACUGCAACUUCUCCUUUGGUGGACUGCGAAACUACUUUAAUUGUAUUAUUCAGAAAAUGGAGGAUGUAGAAGGUAUAGAAAAGGGGGCUGUUCUUUCAUGUGCAGCUGACAUUGCUGCAUCGUUCCAGCAUGCGGUGGCCCACCAUAUCGUCAAGCGAACACAACGAGCUAUUCUGUUUUGCAAGCAGGAAAAUCUUUUACCAAUGAAUCCAUCCUUGGUUGUAUCUGGUGGUGUUGCCAGCAAUGGAUAUAUUCGGAAAAUGCUGCAAAAUUUAACAGAUGGAAUGGGAAUGUCAUUGUUCUGUCCUCCUCCACACCUCUGCACAGACAAUGGUGUCAUGAUUGCUUGGAAUGGUAUUGAAAGGUUGCGUGUAGGUGCUGGGAUUCUAAAUGAUGUGUUUGACAUUCGUUAUGAGCCUAGAGCUUCUCUUGGAACAGACAUUUCAGAACAAGUACGGAAAGCUGCAAUUAAACUUCCUUCUCUUAAAAUUAAGAAAAAUGUAUUGAAGCAAGGAGAAAACACUAUCUGAAAAUGUAUAUUGCAUGAAGGUGGACCUCAGUUAUUGCUCUGGUAGAUGCAGUUGAUUCAAUGAUAGUAGUGUACGUGAACUGCUGUGUACAUAAAGAAAACCAUUUACCUCCAUCUGCCCAUUACCUACACUGGACUUUACAACAUCAUCAUUUUUAUAUUCUGUAACAUUUAUACAAAUUUUUAAAAAUUUCCCUAUUUUUUAGGCAGUAUUAAAGUUUUAAAACUGUG